AUGGAGCCUGAGAUGAUGGGCCUUUUCUGUCUGGCCAGGUGUGCCUGGGCAAGCACUGUUUCUUCCCCGGUUGGGAAAAAACGAGUCUUUUCCUGCGACUCGCCGCCCCGCGCCGCGCCGCCGCCGAGGGGACGCCAAGCCUCCGGCUGGAGGAACUCUGAGCCCGCAGGACGAUUCGACCCCGCCUUCCCAUCGGGCAUCUCAGACCUCGAUUGGGCGCUGAAGUUGCGUAGGAGCAGGGGGGAGGAUAUCAUGCCGAGGGAGGUCAGUGAGAGCAGGAGGAGGAGGAGGAGGAGGAGGGAACACAUGGCCACCGCAAGAGAUGAUUGCGGGGCAUCGCUUCCGUACGAGAUGAUUAUAGAGGUUCUGCAGUGGCUCCCAGUCAAAUCCGUCUUCCGCUUCAAGGCAGUGUGCCGCUCCUGGGCUGCGCUGCUGUCCUCGGAUGAAUUCCGCCGUCUCCACAUGGCAGCAGCCAAGGCUGCAAAGCGGCGGGCACCACCACCCAAGCUGCUAUACAUCUCGCCGACCGCCACAUUCGACUCCACCGCGGUCUACUCGUGCUCCUUCUCACCAUCAUCAUCAUGGGGCCGCCCCAGAGAUCACGGGGACCUACUGUUCACCAUCGACGGUGCCCGCGGCAACUAUGUGGAGGUAGUGACGCCCGUGCCGUGCAAUGGCCUCACCCUUCUCUACGAUGCUCUCGACACAGCCUACUACAUCUGCAAUGCGGCCACACGGGCAGCCACGCGUCUUCCGCCUUCUACUGACGUAGCAUGCGACUCCAGUGCUGGGCUGGGGUUUGAUGCUCGCACAGACGAGCACAAGGUGGUGAGGUUGAUCAAUGGGAUGUUGAAUCCGAAGGACUUGGACCCGGUGAGGUGCGAGGUGUACACGCCUAGAGGCUCCUAUGUGGAUUGCCGCUGGAGGCCGGCUGCCAGAGGAGUACCCUCCAGUUUGCAUAAAUUUGUACAUGCCGCUGUUAUUAAUGCGUCAUGCAACAAAUUAUCUCCUGUGUUUGCCAAUGGUUGCCUCCACUGGUUGAUGACACCUGCCUCUUUCAUCACAACCCCAAGUGUUGCCAUCGUGUCCUUUUCGGUCGCAGAGGAGACCUUCACAUGUCUCCAGUCACCGCCCUUCUGGGUACCAGGAGCGCCGCCAACCUCCAGGAAUUGGUCAUCAGGAGAGCAACUAUUGGAGAUGGAUGACCAACUAUGUUUGGUUCGCAACAGAAUGCCUCAUGGUAGCAACACUUUGGAGAUCUGGAAACUGCUGGACUAUAGCUCUGGUGACUGGUUGCUGAAUCAUCGAAUUAGUUUGUCAGGGCACUUGGCAAGAGAUUUGCGUCAGUCACAAAUUCUGAGAGUUAUUGGAUCUUUUGGCAGUUAUAGGUCGUCAAGGAAGAAGAUAAUCAUUACUACUAGCAUGCACAAGAUUUUCAACAAAUAUCAGAAAAUGGUUCACACCUAUGAUCCUAGGUCUGAGGCUCUGGAAACCAUUCUUUCAAUCACGGAGACACACUCAACUCCACAAUAUGGGUGCCCUAGUUCAAGAUUCAGUUUCAUUCAAGAGACCCUUGCUCCCGUGCAUACAACAGAUGAAGAGAUAGCCUUGUCAUCUGACCUGGCUAAGGCGACUAGAGAGAUCCUACUCCGCCUCCCAGCUAAAUCAGCCACACAGUCCAAAUUUGUCUGCAAGCAGUGGUUCAGAUUGAUUGAGAGUAAAAACUUCAUUCAGUCAUAUUUUCAGCAUAAGAACAUAGACAGAAAGCCUAAAGUCAUGCUUGUGGUCAAGAGCACUGGACGGUUGGGCUUUAGUUUUGCUCCAUUGAAUAAAUGCCUCCAAGAAGCUCCUAGUCACAGUACAUUGCUUGAUACAAAGGUGGUUUGCUCCAAGCCUUGCCAUGGGCUGAACUUGGUAAGCACCGAGACGAAGGACUAUCUCUGCAAUCCAUGUACAGGUUUCCAUAGGGGCUUCUCUAACCUGGGGCCAAAUUUGCACCUACGCUCGAGAAUGCCUAAAAUAGAAGAGCAUGCUUUUACAGUCGGCAAUAAAAAUGUUGGCUUGACUUUCAACAGUUUGACUCGUGAACAUGUUAUUGUGGAAAUCUUCUAUCACCGGAAGGACUUUGAAUCUCGUCAGUAUGACAUGUCAUGCACGUUACACUGGUGUAACACUGCGAAUGCUGCCCAAGAGCACUCAGUACCACCUCUGCCUGUGAAUGACAUGCCACCGGCCUAUGUUAAAGGAAUGCUGUACUGGAUGAAUGAACCAAGGUUGGGUCAGAGCUGCGAAUGGGCCAUUGUCUCUUUCAACCUUGCUGCAAGUACUUUCGAUGUCGUCCCAUGCCCUUCGUGGUUUGCAAGAUGGAGUAGCAGAAACCGCUGUCGUGCAUUUGUUGUUGAGCUUGAGGGAGUGUUAUGUGCUGUUCUGGCAGACCCAGUUGCAGAAAAAUUAGAUGUAUGGAAGCUAGAGCAUGACCGAUGGGACAGAGCAUACACAAUUCACCUAGAAGCAUCUCCUGGCUAUUCCCUCAAGACAUGUGUUGUGGUGCCAUUAGCUGUUGAUCCCGAUCAUGGGAAGAUCCUGCUCAACACUGUUAGGAAAAUAGGUCUAUAUGAUCCAGUGGAGCAAACAAUUGAAAAUCUCUAUUCACUUGAUCAGGUGCCAGUUGCCAGUAGUGCACACCUUAAGUUUCUUGACAUGCCUUCAACUUCAUCAGGGGAUAGUUUGACAUGCUCCAAAGAAGAGUCAGUGGCGGAGAUGAAUAGAAUGGACUCUAAAUUGAUUACUUCUGUUCCUAUGUUAUAUGAGGAGAGCCUGGCAUGUUAUUCAUUUGUGCGCAAAGCAAACUGCUUGUGGUGAGACAUUUUCAAAGCACCCACGCUACCUUUUUAUAUAAAAUAUUUAUGUGUAAUAUCGUGCCUGCAUGUUUGGCAAACUGAAACACCCAAGGUUUGAUAAUGUAAUAGUAUGAGACCUUUUUAUUGACUGCCUGAUGUUCCUUUUACUGUGAAGAACUCCCUCUGUAAACUUCUAUAAGAAGUUUUGGGUUACUACUUCAGUGAUCUAAAAUGUCUUAUAUAAGUUUGGAUUAUUAUCAUUUUGCUUUCAAAAUAUAA